UUCCGGCCGCGCCCUUCCGCUCCCACAGCGCCCCGCGCCGCAUCAUGGACCACAAUGACAAUGAUUUGCAAGGAACAAAUAGUUCAGGAUCAUUGGGUGGUCUUGAUGUCCGUAGAAGAAUCCCUAUAAAGCUUAUUUCAAAGCAGACCAAUAAAGCCAAACCUGCGCCUCGAACUCCAAGAAAUAUGAACAGGAUGCCUGCGAAGACACAAGCUGGUGAUGAAGAAGAAUUUGAUUAUAACAAGGAGGAGCGAUACGAAUGUAAAGGAGGUGAAAUGUUUGGCAACCAAAGGAGAUUUCCUGGACCCAUUUUUUGGGAUUAUAAGAUAAACUUGCUGGGGGAGAAGGAUGAUACACCAGUUCAUUUCUGUGAUAAGUGUGGAUUGCCCAUCAAAAUGUAUGGACGCAUGAUACCUUGCAAGCAUGUUUUCUGCUAUGACUGUGCUAUACUACAUGAGAAAAAGGGAGACAAGAUGUGUCCAGGCUGUAACGAACCUGUGCAGCGAAUCGAGCAGUGCGUCCGAGGGUCUCUCUUCAUGUGCAGCAUUGUUCAAGGGUGCAAGAGAACUUACCUGUCACAGAGGGACUUACAAGCUCACAUCAACCACCGCCACAUGAGAGCUGGCAAGCCUGUUACCCGUCCUGCCAUCGAGCCCGUGCACCCUCCCAUCGCCCCGCCGCCGGCCGAGAUUCCCGAGCGCUUCAUCAUGCCCCCCGAGAAGCACCACCUGAGCCACAUUCCGCCCAAGCAGCACAUCAUGAUGCCGCCGCCUCCUCUGCAGCACGUGCCGCACGAGCACUACAACCAGCCCCACGAGGACAUCCGUGCUCCUCCCGCCGAGAUGUCCAUGGCCCCGCCGCCGCCCCGCCCCGUCAGCCAGGACACCUUCCGCAUCUCCACGAGGAAGCACAGCAACCUCAUCACUGUCCCCAUCCAGGAUGAUUCCAACUCGGGCGCUCGAGAGCCGCCCCCGCCGGCGCCCGCGCCUGCUCACCACCACCCCGAGUACCAGGGCCAGCCGGUGGUGUCGCACCCCCAUCACAUCCUGCCUCCCCAGCAGCACUACGCGCCCCCGCCGCCACCGCCGCCGCCCAUCAGCCACCCGCUGCAGCACCCUCCGCAGGCGGCGGGCACGCCCCACAUGGUGUACAGCCAGGCCCCGCCGCCGCCCAUGACCUCGGCCCCGCCGCCCAUCACCCCGCCGCCCGGACACAUCAUUGCGCAGAUGCCGCCCUACAUGAACCACCCUCCCCCGGGACCUCCCCCUCCGCAGCACGGGGGCCCGCCUGUCAAUGUCAGUGCUCCCCCUCCCCAUCACUAUAACCCCAACUCUUUGCCGCAGUUCAGCGAAGAUCAAGGAACUCUCAGUCCCCCUUUCACACAGCCUGGGGGAAUGAGUCCGGGGAUAUGGCCAGCUCCGAGGGGGCCGCCUCCGCCUCCGAGGAUGCAAGGGCCUCCCGCUCAGGCCCCCCUUCCUGGACCACAUCACCCUGAUCAAGCCAGAUACAGACCCUAUUACCAGUGAUACAAGCAACUGUAUGAAUAGAGAAUGCCAUGAAGAGGAUAAAACUAAAUACAGAAGCCUUUUAAUUAAUUGUUUUGGGGUUAUUUUGUUGUGGUUUUUUUAAGAAUACUGUCAUUUUGACUGUAAGACAUUUUGAGGUUUGAAUCUUAAAUGAUUUUUAAGCCUUGGCCGUAGGACUCUUAACUUCAAAUACUCUGUAGUGCUAAAAUAAGUGGCUUAGUAGACCACAGUUGCAUUUUAACAGAACUCCUGUUGCUAGUGUGGCUAAAUUGUCCUAAGAUGAUCACUUGUAAUAUUAUUUCCUGGAGAAGAUGAACACGUGUUGUACCAUUCUGAAUAUUGUUUUUGUUAAACCCAGUGUUUUUGUUAACCUGUGUACAAAAAUUAAAUUGAAAUAUGGUUGUAAA